AUGUCACAAGAUAUUGAUAGAAUACUACAACAACCACAACAAGAGCAACAACCCCAAGAAAAUGAAGAAGUAGAAGAAAUAAUAGAAGAAACUCCUACAGUUGGAGAAAAAGACGAAGAAGAGGAAGAACAGGAAGAAGAUGACGACGACGACGAAGAAGAAGAAGAAGACGAAGGGGAAGAAACUCCAGAAGCUGUACAACAACAAACUCAAGAAGAUGUGGAUGAACAAUUAAUAGAGAAUAGACAAUUGAUCAAUGAAUUAUUAACUAAAAAUACUGGAAAAGAAGGUGAUGAAUUCUAUUUAAUCUCUCGUGAUUAUUUAAAUAGUUUCUUUAAUUUACAAGUUAAUGAUUUCCAACAAUUAAUUCAUGAAUUGGGUCCAAUUGAUUGCACUAAACUUAUAGAUGAACAAUCAGGUCAAUUAUAUCCUGAAAAUGAUGAACCAAUAGCUACUUAUAAUGUUUCACCUAUCAUAUUCCAAUAUUUAUCACAAUGGUUUGGUAUUUAUGGUAUUCCAGUAUCAAGAUGUCUUAUUAUUAACCCAGAAACAGGUACCAAGGAAGUUGAAAGAUUCCCACCAUCUUUUAUAGUUCAUCAAAUUGUUACUAAACGUCAAAAUACUCAUACUCUGAGUUAUUUUAGAAGUGGUGGAAAUCGUCAUCAUCAUAACACUAGUUAUCAUGGUAGUAAUGAUACCCCAAUUCCAGUAAUGUUGUCAAGAACAAGGACAUUUUAUGAUUUAUUAGAAAUUAUUCGAAUUAAUGUAUUGAAAACACCCAAGAAAUCAAUAACUGAUUUUAGAAUUUGGUUUAUUGAUUCAAAUGCUGAUUUAUCAUUUAAUAUUACUCCCAAUACAUUCAUAUUUGAUAUCAAUCAAAAACGUCUAGUCAAUCAGGGUAUAUUACAAGAUACCCUUAAAUCACAAGGAAUUGAUGCCAUAACUUAUCAAAUAGUUGUUGAAAUUAAAGAAAAACAUGGGUUCCCGAUUGAUCAAUUUGUUUCAACCCAUUUGAAAUCAUACAGCGAAGAAAAUGAAACCGCGACAGGAGCAGGUCAUUUAGGGUUAACAAAUCUAGGUAAUACAUGUUAUAUGAAUUCUGCAUUACAAUGUUUGUUACAUGUACCUGAAAUUAAUCAUUAUUUUUAUUAUAACAUUUACAAGAAGGAAUUAAACCCUAAUAAUCCUUUGGGAUAUCAUGGAGAUGUUGCCAAUUCAUUCGGAUCAUUGUUGAAACAAGCAUUUGAUAUCAAUGCUAGCAAGAGUAGUUCCAGUAUUACCCCACGAGAAUUCAAAUCCACAAUUGGUCGUUAUUCAUCUAUGUUUUCUGGAUAUUUACAACAAGAUUCACAAGAGUUUUUAAGUUGGUUAUUAGAUGCAUUACAUGAAGAUUUGAAUCGAAUUCAUGAAAAACCAUAUUGUGAAAAACCAGAGUUGGAAGAUUCUCAAAUAAAUGAUCCAAAUGCAAUCAUCAAAUUAUCGGAAACUUGUUGGCAACAACAUCAAGCUAGAAAUGAUUCGGUUAUAACUGAUUUAUUCACCGGAUUGUAUCAAUCCACUUUGGUUUGUCCUGAUUGUUCCAAGACGUCUAUCACAUUUGAUCCAUUCAAUGAUUUGACAUUACCAUUACCAAUAAGUAAGAAAUGGUAUCACACAUUCACUAUUGUCGAUUUAUCCCCCGAGAAAAUCAUGCCUCAACGAAUUAUGAAAUUAGAAGUUGAAUUAAAUAAAAAUUCAAACUAUGAUGAAUUAUUAAAUUAUUUAAGUAAAUUCCUUAAUAUUCCAAGUUCAUUUUUAUUCAUAUUUGAAUUAUUCCAAGGAUCUUUUUAUAGUGAUUUCCAACUUGAUUAUCUCAAAAAUAAAUUCUUACCAAUCGGUGAUAUAAUUCGUGAUAAUGAUGAUAUUUAUGUUUAUUGUAUUCCUCAUGAUUUGGAUCAAGAUAUUAUCGUACCCGUGUUUAAUUCUGUUCAACAGGAUUCAUCUGGGAAAUCAUACAGAGGUGUCAAUAUGUUUGGAAUCCCCUUGUUUGUCGUGUUGAAUAAAGAAGAAGAUGGUGAUAGUUUUGGAAAUAUUAGAAGAAAAUUAUUGUCCAUUAAUGCCGCAUUGACUGAAGUUGAUUUAGUUCUGGAAUAUGAGAAUAUAAAAUCAAAUAUGGAGAAUUAUAUUGAUAAGGAAUAUUAUACAAAACGUGAUUUCCCCAUGAUUGAGAAUGAAGUGGAAGACGAGGAAGGAUAUGAUUCAGAUGUAUCAUUAGCCAAUCCAUACAUUGGUGGUAAUUUUGGGUUUACGAUUAACUAUGUGCAUGAAUAUACACCCAAAAUGGCAAUGAAUUUCCGAUCACGGUUCACAUAUGGUCAUCAUAACAAACAUGCCAAGCAACAGCAACAACAACCGGAAAGGGUCAUAAAUGCUCCAAUGCACAAGCCUAGUAUUCAAGAAUUCAAGCCAUUAGGUGAGCAAUUAUCUGAUGUUAAGCGAGAUUAUUAUCAUUAUCCUGAUUAUUGCCAGCAGAAACUCGAUCAAGAAAUGGAAGAAUUGAUAGUGGAAGAAGACGGGAAGACAAGUGAUGUUCCUGUGGCAGAAGAAUUUACUAGUGCGAAUGUUUCCGAAGAGACUUCUGAAGAGAGUUAUGUUAUGGUUGAAGGCACGACCACUUCUGAAGAACAAAUACAACAAGAACACCGAGAGGAAGUUAUACCACCGCCAUUACCACCAAGAGGAAGAACAAUCCCCGUUUCUUCAGAUGAAGAUGAAACUGAAAGUGAAGUGAAUUUAGGAACUUUAUUUGAUUCAACCCUGAACUUACCACCACCUCCCCCAUCAACAUAUUCCGUUUCUUCGACCAAGCCUUCAAAUGUGAACUCUCCUGUUGAACAAGAACCAGAAGAAUCCCCAGAAGUAGGUCAGAAAAAGCCAUUAGUCACCAAGGAUACAAUAUUACUAUGUGAUUGGGAUCCAGAAAUAUUUCAAAAAUGUUUCGAUAUCAGUCAACAAACAUGGCAUACCAUCCCUAAUCUCUCCAACCCGGAACUCGAGAAAAACAAAGCAAUCCUAGAACGUCAACGUAAGGCCAAAAUAUCAGUCUAUGAUUGUGUGAAAUGUUUCAGUACCCCAGAAAUACUAGGCGAACAUGAUUUAUGGUAUUGUCCCACCUGUAAAGACCAUAAACGUGCCACCAAGACAAUUCAACUCUGGUCAACUGGAGAUAUUUUAACUAUUCAUCUAAAGCGAUUCCACAGUGCCCGUGCUUUCAGUGAUAAGAUUGAUAUGUUGGUAGAUUUCCCCAUUGAAGGAUUGGAUAUGAGUUCAUAUAUCGCCAAUCCCGUGGCUGCAACCCACCCCGAAAAUAAUUUAUAUGAUUUGAUUGCGGUUGAUAAUCAUUAUGGUGGAAUUGGUGGGGGGCAUUAUACUGCCACAGUGAGGAAUUUUAGGGAUGGUGAAUGGUAUUUGUUUAAUGAUUCACGGGUGACGAAAACCGCCCUGGUGCUGGAGAUUGUCACUCCUGCUGCAUAUUUGUUAUUCUAUCGUCGACGUAGCAGUGAGAGUGGUAAUUUAGGUGGACUGAGGUUGAAUGAGUUGAUUGAAGGUGGAAGAAAGGAAUAUCAUGCUGGAUUGAUGGAGAAGAAGGCGAAGGUUAUGGAUGUGGAUGCACAAUUGGGGACAUAUUAUGAGAUUGAGAAGAGAUUGAUUGAACAGAUGGAAUUGGAUAAUGAGAUUCAAUUGCAGAAGGAAAAAUUAGCCCAAGAAGGAGAAGAAGAAGUGGAAGUGGAAUUAGAGGGGGGAGAAGCUGGGAGGCUGGCUGGGGCUGAAUUCAAUCUUGUGGAGGAAGAAGAUUAUGACUAUGAAGAAGAGGAUGAGGCAGAGGAUGACGAAGAAUUACAAGUUGUUAAGAUGGAGGAACCAGAAUCACAAGAGGAGGAAGUCGUUAUUUAUGAAGAAGAUGAUGAAGAGGAUGGUAAUGAUAAUAUACGUAAACAAAGAUUAAUCUCCAAGGAAAAUAAUAGUAAUUUAUUAGUUCAAAUUAAGAGUAAUGGAAAGACAGAAAUUACUUCUAGUCCAAUACAAGCUGAUUUAGAAUCUGAUGUUGAAUCUAGUGGUGGGAGUACUAAUAAUAAUAAUAAUGUGUUUGGAGGAAGUCAAAUAUAA